AUGGCCUCGCAACGGGUUACAAUCAAGGGCUCUGCCGCGGUCCCGGGCAUCUAUCGACUCAUCAUCAUGACCCUCGAGCCGGUCUUCGCGCUGCUCGGCGCCGUCAUGGUCCUCCACACACCGAAUCAAUACCUCGCAGGAAUGACGCGCAACGCGUUCGCGUACGAACCCAACACGCAGUUCAUCUACACGCAACUCGGCGGCGGCUGGCUUCACUUCGCAUUCACCGAGGGUGUGGUCAUGCGGGUCUUUGAUGAUCUUACUCUAUGGCGCGUCCUCUGUGCAGGUAUGCUCCUGAGCGACGCAGCUUUCUGCCACGGUACUGCACAAGCCGUCGGAGGCUGGGAAAUUUGGCUGGACAGAUCCACGUGGACUGUCGAGGACUACGUUGCUUUCUUUACGACGGCGCCAAUGGUAUUGGUUCGAAUCCUGAUUGUACUGGGUAUUGGCAUCAGCACACCGAAGGAGGCAAAGGGAAAGGAGAACGAGAAACAACUUUAG